GGUGUUCGACUAUUAGGUGAGAAAUACUUAUCACAAAUAAAACGGCAACCUUGUGCUGCUCACACAUUACAACUUUCAGUUCUACAAGGUCUGAAGCAGUGUAAAUCAAUACAUCGUCGAGUAAAGUGUUUACAGGCAUUUUUUCGUUUACCAAAACAAGCUCAGAGACUUCGGGAAGCCCAACAAAGCAAUCAGCAAUUACUGGAGGAAAAUGAUUAUAGUAACCCUCUUGAUGUUUUAACUGAUGUUAAAACAAGAUGGAAUUCGACAUACUAUGCAUGGAAGAGAAUAUUAGAAUUACACAAUUCAAUGCGACUCAUUUCUACCACAUUGUUGACAAAACCAGAUCGAGCAUCACAGAAAGAAGGAGAGAAAUUAGAACGACUAUGUUUAUCUCUUGAUGAAAAACAUCUUGUUAACCCUUAUAUGGAAUUGUUGAAAAAGACAUUUGCACCUAAGUCUGAAAAUGGAGAAAGUCUUGAUACAUACCUUGAUCUCAUUUAUGGGCCACAAACUGAAGAUAAUAAUGACAAUGAAGAAGAAUCUGACAGUUCAACCAGUGAUGAUGAUGAAAUCCCAUCUGGUGGAAUUAGAGGUGCAAUAGAUGACAUAGAUGAUAUUAAUCAUGUUGAAUAUUUACCAGCUGUUAAUACUACUGGCCUUCUUCAAAAAGUUCAAGCAGCUAUUUUUUUAUCAUUAGAUGAAUUAUGGUCAGUUCCAACAGAAUUAGUUCAAAUUGCAACAGUACUUGAUCCCCGAUUCAAAAAUUUCCAAUGGGAUAGAAGUGGUGAGGAAAGAGACAAAUCACAUCAAUUAUUACGGGAAUUAUAUGAUUUUACAAAAGUGGAUUUUGAAUCUAAUAAUAUUCAACAAACAACAACUAUUCACAAUUUACAUACAACUAAUGAAGAUGACAAUGAUGAUUUUUUUGAAACCUUGGAAAUUGAUCUAACAGUUCAAGAUAUAAUAACAAAUCACAAGUUUGAUUAG